AUGAAAUGGUAUGGAUCUCGCGUACUCAUCUUCGGGCUACUACUGCUCAAAUGGGUGGGUAUGGUGCUGCUGGCGGCACUCUCGUUGGGGUUCGUUGCCGGCUCGGUUUUCUUCGCUAUCUACGUGAUCUACAGUGGCAUCGGUGUUGUGUGCCAGUGUCAGCUCAAUGAAGGAUUCGUCGUGCUCAUCGCCCUCAUACUUCUUCCCAUCAUCAUACUGUUAACAACGCUAUGCGUAAAUAAUUCGUGUGAAAAGUACAAACAAGCAAAAGAAGAUGGCAGUUUGGAGAAGUGCAAGUACGUAUAUCCUCAGCCCGAAGAUGAUAUCAUUCUCUGUGGAAUUAUCGUCGUUGAUGGUAAAAAGGAAGAGCGGAAGAUCAGUGUAAAGCGCAAGCUAGCUGCGCCGACGGAGAGUGAUCCGACAGGCGGCGUAAUACCAAUAAGGUGCCUUUGUCCGCGAGAGUUGCAGGCAUGGCAU